AUGUUUGAGUGCAGAAUUGAUGGACAGUUUUUCAAAAAGCUGUUCGAAACGUUAAAGGAUAUCUGCACGGAAGUGAACUUGGAGUGUGACGAAAAUGGAAUAAAGAUGCAGUCGAUGGAUUGUAGCCAUGUGUCUCUGGUGGACCUAAACAUCAUGUCGGAUUUUUUCCAGCACUACAGCAUUAACUUCAUGCUGAAAAUAUUGUCCGUGAUAAAGGAAAAGUCAACAGUGUUCCUGUUCAAGGAGGACAACGACAAUGAAGCAGUGCUGAACAUCGGCAUAAUCGAUGAAGAGGAGCAGUCCAACACGGAGGACUCUCUCGAAAUACAAGUAAAGUUAAUUAACACGCAGAAGGAGCAUUUGGAGAUUCCACAGUCUGAGUACCAUUGUCAGUGUACCAUGAAGUCCAAAAAAUUUCAGGAGUUUACAAAAUAUUUGAAUUCGAUAGGAGAUAAUGUUUCGAUCUCCAUGAAGAAGGACACGAUGGUGUUAAGUACAACUGGAGCUGACAUAAAAGUCACUAAACAAUUUACAAAUGACAUGACUGAUAUUGCUAUUACUUGCUCUAAGUCGGUUUCUCAAGAGUUUGCCACGAGAUACCUGGUCAUGUUUUCUCGAGCUUCCUCUCUUUCGGACGAGGUGUACAUUUCGCUGUCGCCCAACAUCCCCGUGUCUAUCAGGUUUAAUUUCAAGCAACCCCUGACGGAUCUGCAGGACAGCUCGCACCUCACCUUUUUCCUGGCCCCCAAGAUUGGCGAGUACUGA